CUUCAAGAUUGACUUUUCGUAUGGAGUUCAGAAUGAGGAUGGACCGUUGUCUAGAUAUAUAUGCACAGUCACCUUCAGUGAUGGAACUACUCUCGGAGAAGGAUAUUUUCCCAAUGAUUGGACCAAAGGUGGCAGACGAUCUCUCAUUGACUCACUAAGAUUUUCUGUGCACAAUCCUUCAAUCACCACUCAUGCAUCAAACACACAGCUCGAGGCUUACCUCAUGAAAAAGCUGGAGGAUUUCUAUUGCCUCAAGUCGGAGUCUGAAGAUCCACACCAUUACACGAAGCAAGUGGCAACGAUUGUAGGUCUGCAACCACAUUCUGAACUUUGGGUGUUCAACGGUCAAGUGCACAUGAAUGCCGAUAGGGAUCUAGUAGAUCCAAAAACUAGUCCAUUCAUUUGGCUCGGGGACUACGUUUCAGACAGUGUACUACAUAAACAUAGUCUUCCUACCUCAAAAGAGGCAUCGACUGUCCCGGCAUCUCUUGAUCCAUCAUAAUUCCAUUCAUUGUUGGAAGCUUUGGAGAAUGUGUACCAACAUAACAUUCCAGCAGCCACUCUCAUGAUCGGAGCAAAAGUCCUUGCAGUCCACUAUUCUCUCCUGCAGGAUAUUGGAAUUCAAGUGCCAGCUGCUAUUGCUGUUGGGAACGUCUCGCUAGGCAAAACACGGAGUGCUGAAGCAGCUUUAUCCCUGGUUGGAAUGGAUACUGUCAGCAAGGUGAAAUCUAUCACAGAUGUUAAAGCUAUCAAGUUUGGCAGUCUCACAUCAUUGGGCAUGAUUAUUGAUGACCCGUCUCAACCAUCUGAAGUAUCGGAGAAGCUGCUCUUUCAUUUUGAUAGAGGUACCAGAGCCACUACUACUUCUUUUGAUGCCCCGAAAACUACGUUUCUCACAUCAAUGAAUACUACCUGCCUGCAAGCUUUAUCAAGCAUGGAUCCAAGAUACAUCACUAGGGCUGUUCUCAUUCCUUUUGAGGAAAGUGGACAUAUUGAAGCAGCAAGACGUGUUGAUGCUGACAGAAAGUUGAAACGAAUCAUGGCAAAGGAAGCUGGGAAAGCUGUAGGUGUUGUAAUAUCUAUGGGGAAAUUCUUCAAAUCACCAGAGGCAGACAACUUUUUCAAACACAUUGUUACCCGUGUUGAGCAUCUAAUGCCAGAUAACACCUGUCAUCGCCUUCUCGUUUCUUACUCUUGGUUGCUUGGAGCAACUUUCAAGAUACUGUCUGUUGCAAACGUCCUGAAACCUGAGGCUGAAGAAAUGAUAUGGAAGUACUUCGAAAACACAAUGGUUCCAAUCAUUACCAAGUAUCAGCUGGAACCUAUGGAGGCCCAAGUAUAGACUUAACAAAAGAAG